UAUAUUUCCAGUGCCGCCCACCAGAAGCUGUUUACUGUUUACCUGAUCAGAGUUCUGUCGUCUGUCCUCGCAGCGCCCCAGACCCAUCGCACCAUGGCAGAUCCCGAUCUUGACUUCACGACUGGUGAGUCUGGCGCCUCCGCCACCUACCCUAUGCAGUGCUCUGCCCUGCGUAAGAACGGGUACGUGGUGCUGAAGGGACGUCCUUGCAAAAUCGUGGAGAUGUCCACCUCCAAGACCGGCAAGCACGGACAUGCCAAGGUUAACCUGGUUGGAAUUGACAUCUUCACCAACAAGAAGUAUGAAGAUAUGUGCCCCUCCACCCACAACAUGGAUGUUCCCUCCAUCAAGAGGACAGAUUAUCAGCUGGUUAACAUCAAUGAAAACUACAUGUCCUUGAUGGGCGACAACGGCGACAUCAGAGAGGACCUGCGCGUCCCUGAGAGCGAUGUCGGCAAGGAAAUUGAAUCAAAGUUCGAAGCCGGUGAAGAAUUUAUGGUCACCGUCAUUUCUGCCAUGGGGGAGGAAUGUGCCGUCGCCACCAAGGUCCUGGCCAGCAAAUAGGGAGACGGACUUUGCUGCCCAGGCAACAAGCACCACCCACAACCAGUCUCUUGCAUUCUCAUUGGUUCUGCCACCAAAGCAUCGGCCUUCACAGACAACCUCAAAACAUUCAGUUGUAAUUUCUCCCUCAUCUUGAUCUUUUUAUCCCCCCCCUCCCUUCUCCUCCCCCUCCUCCAUAUCUCUUUUCCGUUGCUGUUGGGAAUGUUCCUCUGCCUGAUCCAGUUUUGUUUGGUAACAAUCUACUUUAUAUAAAAACAACUUUAAAAAAAAAUCCCGAUCAGUUGCUCAUUCCUGCUUAUUUUGCCUUCAGUGUUGGUUUCCGCCGCUCACAUUCCUGAAUGUUUAAAAAGAAACAAACUUUGGGGUUCAGCUUUUGUAUGAUUAUUAUUUUUGAUAUUCUUUAGAUUAAAUAAAGCAGAUCUGAGGCGUCUUGGAGGGAUGGGGUCAAGGGGAGGGGGCUGCCCCUGUAGAUACUUCAUUCUGGUUUAGGUUGGCCCUCUAGCAGCCAUAAUGCUUCCUAGCAUGGCCUUGAUCCCCCUCCCAAUCACUGGUUCAGGGUGGCCGGCACUUAAAGAGCACCUGAGGCCCCCCCAAGCAUGUAAAGCUGUAAACCUGAGAAAAGAGAAAAGCUCUUCUUCCCCUGCUUCCCUUCAGGAACAAAAGCUUCAGUAACUUCUCCCUCGUUGUCUGGGGACAGGCCGGUGCACUCAUAACGGCGGUCCGAUGCAAAGUGGCUCAUCCCGCCCCUCCCUCAUAACAUCCCCCCCCCCAUUACAAAAAGUGUUACCUUUUGUUUUUAGAGGCGAGUGUGAGCGUGGCGCGGUGUGGGCCUCCAACCUGUGGGAGGCAGUUUGCAGUGAGGAGUGUGGUUUAUUUUAUUUUUUUUCUUUGAGGGACUUUAUUUGGGUUGGGGAGGGUGGUUCAGUUGCAAACUUUUUUUGUUCACUCGAGGCCUUUGUCACUUGACUGGAGAAGGCAAAAAUAAAACAAUGAUACAAAUGGAUAA